CAAGAUGGCGAUGGAGAUGAGGCUGCCCGUGGCCCGCCGGCCUCUCAGCGAGAGCCUGGGCCGCGACUCGAAGAAACACCUGGUGGUGCCGGGGGACACGAUCACUACGGACACGGGCUUCAUGCGAGGUCAUGGAACGUACAUGGGGGAAGAAAAGCUCAUUGCGUCUGUGGCUGGCUCUGUGGAGAGAGUGAACAAGCUGAUCUGUGUGAAAGCUUUGAAAACCAGAUACAACGGUGAAGUGGGAGACAUUGUAGUGGGCAGAAUCACAGAGGUUCAGCAGAAGAGGUGGAAGGUGGAGACUAACUCUCGGCUGGACUCAGUCUUGCUGCUUUCGUCCAUGAACCUGCCUGGAGGCGAGCUGAGGAGGAGAUCUGCAGAAGAUGAGCUUGCCAUGAGAGGCUUCUUGCAGGAAGGGGACCUCAUCAGUGCUGAGGUCCAGGCCGUGUUCUCAGAUGGAGCUGUCUCAUUGCACACGAGGAGUCUGAAAUACGGAAAACUAGGUCAGGGCGUUUUGGUCCAGGUAUCGCCCUCCCUGGUGAAGCGGCAGAAGACUCAUUUCCAUGACCUGCCCUGUGGUGCCUCCGUGAUUCUGGGUAACAACGGCUUCAUCUGGAUCUACCCGACCCCUGAGCACAAAGACGAGGAAGCCGGGGGCUUCAUUGCCAACCUGGAGCCUGUCUCUCUUGCUGAUCGAGAGGUGAUCUCCCGCCUCCGGAACUGCAUCGUCUUGCUGGUGACCCAGAGGAUGCUACUCUAUGACACCAGUAUCCUGUACUGCUAUGAGGCGUCCCUCCCCCACCAGAUCAAAGACAUCUUGAAGCCAGAUGUCAUGGAGGAGAUUGUGCUGGAGACGCGGCAGCGGCUUUUAGAGCAGGAAGGCUGAGGAGGGCUCUGAAGAUGGGACCGUGGGCCUCAGUGGAGGUGUGGAAGUGACAGGCGGAGGCGGCGGGAGGAUCUGACACUCUUGCUCACCUUCGCCGCCGCCGCGGCGUGGCUGCCUUCAGCCCAGGACCCCUCACUCGUGUGCUAAUACAGCUGGGUGGAAGCGACGGCUGCCCUGGCCCCUUGGGUCCUGGCUGAGUCCCAGCGCAGAGGGGUGGUUUUCAGGUCCUUCAGCCUCAGCAGCAUCCAGUGAGAUGACCCUCCCUCGGCCUCAUUCCUAGAGUGACCCCGAAUCCUUGUCCUCCACUCCCUGUCCAUUAACUAGGCACACACCCGGUGAAGAAGCCAAUAGAAAACACGGUGUCACCAACCACUUUAUUGCUUUUUUAUUUUUGCUAAGGGCUUGAACUCAGGGCCUGAGUGCCGUCCCUUAGUCUUCACUGAAGGCUGACACCUUACCACUGGAGCCAUAUUCCACUUCUCGCUUUCUGGUAGUUAAUUGGAGAGGACUCUCACAGACUUUUCCUGUCCUGGCUGGUAUUGAACCUUGAUCCUGAGAUCUCAGCCUCCUGAGGAGCUAGGAUUACAGGCAUGAGCCAUAGUACAAAUAUGCUUAAGACUCUCAUUGGUACCGAUAGCCCAGCAGUGCAAUAAAGCUCGGCCUUUUGCUA